ACCCCCGCCCGCCGGCGCCGCUCGCACAUGCCCGAGCCGCAGCCCUGCGAGCAGGCAGCGCCGGCCCCCCGCCCCGCGGCCCCGGGCCCCGGCUCUGGCGCCGUCCCUCCUCCCGGGCCGGGCGCCGCGGCCCCGGCAUGAGGAGCGGGCGAUGAUCCCCGCCAACGCCUCCGCCAGGAAAGGGCCCGAGGGCAAGUACCCGCUGCACUACCUCGUGUGGCACAACCGCCACCGCGAGCUGGAGAAAGAGGUCCGCGCCGGCCAGGUGGACAUUGAACAGCUGGAUCCCCGUGGGCGGACGCCCCUGCACCUGGCCACCACCCUGGGGCACCUCGAGUGUGCCCGUGUGCUGCUGGCACACGGUGCAGAUGUGGGCAGGGAGAACCGCAGCGGCUGGACAGUGCUCCAAGAAGCUGUGAGCACCCGGGACCUCGAGCUGGUGCAGCUGGUGCUGCGGUACCGGGACUACCAGCGUGUGGUGAAGCGGCUGGCGGGCAUCCCUGUGCUCCUGGAGAAGCUGCGCAAGGCCCAGGACUUCUACGUGGAGAUGAAAUGGGAGUUCACUAGCUGGGUGCCCUUGGUGUCCAAGAUCUGCCCCAGUGACACAUACAAAGUAUGGAAGAGUGGGCAGAACCUUCGGGUAGACACCACGCUCCUGGGCUUUGACCACAUGACAUGGCAGCGAGGGAACCGCAGCUUUGUCUUCAGGGGCCAAGACACAAGUGCUGUGGUCAUGGAGAUUGACCACGACCGCCGGGUAGUGUACACGGAGACCCUGGCACUAACUGGGCAGGAUCGGGAGCUGCUGCUGGCUGCCGCCCAGCCCACCGAGGAGCAGGUGCUAAGCCGGCUCACCGCACCCGUUGUCACCACACAGCUGGACACCAAGAAUAUCUCUUUUGAGAGGAACAAGACUGGCAUCCUGGGCUGGCGCAGCGAGAAGACCGAGAUGGUGAAUGGGUAUGAAGCCAAGGUAUAUGGGGCAUCCAACGUGGAGCUCAUCACUCGGACGCGGACAGAGCAUCUUUCAGAACAGCACAAGGGCAAGGUCAAAGGCUGUAAGACACCUCUGCAGUCCUUCCUGGGAAUUGCUGAGCAGCAUGGGGGCCCCCAAAAUGGGACCUUGAUCACUCAGACUCUGAGCCAAGCCAACCCCACUGCCAUCACUGCAGAAGAGUACUUCAACCCCAACUUUGAGCUUGGCAACCGUGACAUGGGCCGUCCCAUGGAACUGACCACCAAGACACAGAAGUUCAAGGCCAAGCUGUGGCUGUGUGAGGAGCAUCCCCUGUCCCUGUGUGAGCAGGUGGCCCCCAUCAUUGACCUCAUGGCCGUCAGCAAUGCACUUUUUGCCAAGCUCCGGGAUUUCAUUACCCUCCGCCUGCCUCCAGGCUUCCCUGUCAAGAUCGAAAUCCCGAUCUUCCACAUCCUCAACGCCCGCAUCACCUUCGGGAACCUCAAUGGCUGUGACGAGCCGGUGCCCUUGGUGCGAGGCAGCCCCAGCAGCGAGACCCCUUCCCCAGGCAGCGACUCCUCCAGUGUCAGCAGCUCCAGUUCCACAACCUCGUGCCGCGGCUGUGAGAUCUCCCCUACGUUGUUCGAGGCCCCACGUGGCUACAGCGUGCUGGGCGGCCAGCGAGAGGCGGCCACCCGCGACGAUGAUGACGACCUGCUGCAGUUCGCCAUCCAGCAGAGCCUGCUUGAGGCGGGCAGUGAGUAUGAUCAGGUCACCAUCUGGGAGGCGCUAACCAACAGCAAGCCGGGUACUCACCCUAUGUCCUAUGAAAGUCGCCGACAGGACAGGUACGCCCGGAGCCCUCGACGUAUCUUACCUGCCCCCAGGAGCGCUCCUCCUACGCCGCAGCGCCAGUCCGCGCCUUCCGCCGCCCUGGCGUCGGUCCCCAGCCCUCGGCCCAGCCCGCGCCCAGGACCAGGCGGCCACGUGUUCCGGAGCUACGACGAGCAGCUGCGGCUGGCCAUGGAGCUGUCCGCGCAGGAGCAGGAGGAGCGGCGGCGGCGCGCGCGCCAGGAGGAGGAGGAGCUAGAGCGCAUCCUGCGGCUCUCUCUGACCGAGCAGUAGCGCCCACUGCCCCGCCCCUCGGCCACGCCCCGCGGUACCCGCCCCGCAGCGAGGGUCUUUCGGCCCGCGCGCUCCGGGAGCUGCGUCUGGAGCCGUCGCCUCGCGGGCGCAGCCGCGCACCCGGCACCAGACAGGGAGGGGUUCGGCCCGGCCGCGGGGUACCUUUCCGGGCCAGGGCCCUGGAGGCAGCUGGCACGGCCCGGUCUCCCUGCUUUGCUGUAUCCUGACCCCCUACCCCUCUCCUCUGGGCUCGGACCGGUCCAAGGGCGGAGCCAGGAGGUCCUGAGGGGGAAACGGUUCUCGGAGGAGCAUUGUCCCCAUCCCUUGCUCCUUCUGGCCGGUCCUCCUUUCUGCUCACUGACCCCACUCCAGGACACUGCCCGUGAAGCCUUUGCAUCUCCGCUCUUCAUCCCUGGGGGGCAGCUGAGCUCCCCACGUGCUGUGUUGCUGCUUUGUCCCAGACACAAACCAGCACGUCAAGGGCCCAGCCCCUCCCCCACCCCGGCAUUUCAGCGUCAAGUGCACUUAGCGGGGUGCCCGGCUCCCCCAGGCCCCACACCCCUCCCGGGUCUCAGGGUGGUCCCAGCUUCUCCUUGGGCGGCCAGAGGUUGGAGUUGCCAUCCCCAAGGCACGUGUCUGUGAUCAGGGAGGGUGUCCAAGGUGGCCCCCGGUCUGGGCAAGGCCUGGCUCCCUUAUGAUGUCUUGGCGAAUGGAGAGGGGGGGGCGUAGUGGGCAUGGGGCAAACACUAGACUGGACACAGAGGGAUGGUCCAGGGCCCUGACACUACCACCUACCCCUUCCCACCAGCUGCUGCUAGCCCUCUGUGGUUGUGCGUCCCACUUUCCCCCACCCAGGGGCUGACUCUAAAACCCUUCAUCCAAUGGUGCUAACCCCCGGCUCUCCCCUGCCCCACUCCACCCACCCAGAGAAGCACAGACCCCGCCAGAGGCAGGGCCCACCGCACACCCUUGUCCGGGCUCUCAGACUGGCCUUCCUGGCUCAGCCAGUGACAGAAGGGACACAAAAGGGAUGGAAGAAAAGAACAAAGAGAAGCUGUUCCUCUCACCCCCUUCCCUGAUGCCAGGGGCACCAGACUGAUUCUGAGGCACAAAUAAAAGAGGCUUCAAACCUGA